AUGGCAUUAGAAACAUUGAUGGCUCGAGGACCCAAGUCAAGAGCGUUUUAUCGAGUGGCAGCCACUCGUAAAAUGACAGGUGGUGGGGAUUUCUCAAGAAAAAUAUCUGAACGAGCUCAAAGUGAUCUUAGCGAAGUUAAAGCAGAGUUACAGCGGCGAGAGUCUGGGUCCUUAUCCCUUGAGCCUCGAGGUCCCAAUGUCAGAUUUGAUCCAGACCACUACACCGUCAUGGAAAACUGCGGGACAUUUGAAGUGAGAGUUGUAAGAGCAGGAGACUUGAACGGAGAAGUAACAGUUCAGUAUACCACUGAAGAUGGAACAGCAGAAGCAGGAUCAGACUACGUCGCAGCCCAAGGAUCUUUGAUCUUCAGGCAUGGGGAGACCGAGAAAACCUUCAGCGUUCAAGUGAUUGAUGAUGACGUUUUUGAGGAAGACGAGCAUUUCUAUGUGCGGCUAACAUCUCCUCGAGGGGCUUGUCUUGCAUCUCCUUCUACGGCUACAGUAGUGAUAUUAGAUGAUGAUCAUUCGGGUGUGUUCUCUUUCCCGCAACGGGACUUUGAGCUGACGGAGUCGGUGGGAACUUACGACUUGAGGGUCGUGAGGACAGCUGGUGCCCGCGGCAAGGUCAGGGUGCCAUACUGGACGGAAGACGGCACCGCCAAGAACGGUGCUCAGUACGAGUCAGCGCAAGGCAGCGUCAUCUUCGAAAACAACGAAACUGAGAAGCCACUAUUCGUCCACGAGAAAGAAGCUCAAGACGAUUUAAUAAAGAUCCUCGAUGAAUUCGGAUCCCGUCUACCAGCAGUUGUGAUCCACUCCUUCACAGGAUCAGUGGAACAAGGACUUAAAUACAUAGAGAAAGGGUUUUACUUAGGUAUCACCGGGUAUAUAUGUAAGGAUAAGUCAGAUGGUGGAAUUAGAAGGUUGCUCUCGGAAAGAUUGUUGCCUCUUGACAAACUGCUGGUGGAAACUGAUUCGCCGUUCAUGUACCCGAAUAUGAGGGCUUCGAAGCUACCGCUGCAUGUCAAGGAUUCUCUGACUGAGAGAUCGAUGAACUUCGUGAACCGUUACUGCACGUUUCAAAGGAAUGAGCCUUGCGCCCUGCCAGCUAUCGUCGAACUCAUUGCCGGCUUCUUAGGACAAAAGCCAGAAGACGUCGCCUUAGCCACCGCAUUCAACGCCCUUAAGAUUUUCGGACUCAGCCAGUGA